GUGGUAUACCUGAGCAAUCAGAGAUUGUUGUUAGAUCACUGAAAAUUGUGCAUUUGCAGAAAGUGUGCAUGCAUAAUACAUGGAUAUGAACCAGCAGAAGCAAUGACAAGAAUCCUGCGAAUGAUCCAUAGUGGGUUUUUGAGGAUUGUGCUCUUCCCAAGUACAUAUCGGAAUAACCGUUGUCGUCCAGCUGCCUCUGAGGUUUUGACAUGUCACCUUUCUCAGCGCAAACUUCCACCCUGGACAUCCUUCUGUGUCCGCUACAGUGCUGUAAUAAAUGACCAGUUCGGCUUGUCCAACUUUAACUGGCAGGUCCAAGGUGCCAACUAUCACAUCCUCAGAACUGGAGCUUUUCCCUUUAUCAAGUAUCACUGCACCAAAGCGCCUCCUCAAAACCUUGAGUUUGAAAACAAAUUCUUUGGCAUACUGAAAGUCAUCAACUUGGGUAUUCCCUGUCUGGCUUAUGGCCUUGGCUCAUGGAUGGUGGCUGGUAUAACAGAAACUGUGCACACUUCAGCUGGCAGAAUCACUAUUUAUUUUGCAUACAAAGAGGUAGAAGGUGCCAAAUACUGAUACUGGAUGGAUUAUCACCUCAUCCUGUCCUUACUUUAAAAAGAUGCACGAAGAUUAAAAUGGAAUCAGUGUAUUUUUGUAAUACUGGAACUCUGAUAACAGUACAGAUGGCAUAAAACUGCUUUGUAUCAACAUUUAAAAUACCUGUGAUGAAGAAUUGUAUAAUUACGGUAAAGGUUUUCUUUACACAUUUCUAGAGGACUACUUAUUUUUGGUGUAGAGCAGAGGUGUCCAAAUAUUUAUUUGCAAAUAUAUUUACAGUAUAGUGAAUGCAGUGAAAAUUAUUGUACAAUAGAGUUCAGUGCCUAAUAAACUGUUUAGUGACUUCUAA